ACCCUCGAUGACCUGGACCAACGGGUGAAGGAAGCCGGUUUGGAGAUCACCUUCCGCCAGAGCUUCUUCUCCGACCCCGCCGCGCCCGUGCGGAACCUCAAGCGCCAGGACGCCCGUAUCAUCGUGGGGCUCUUCUACGAGACGGAGGCGCGUAAGGUCUUCUGCGAGGUUUACAAGGAGAAGCUGUAUGGCAAGAAGUACGUCUGGUUCCUCAUUGGCUGGUACGCUGACAACUGGUUCCGCAUCAAGGAUCCCGCCAUCAACUGCACCGAGGCGGAGAUGGCCGAGGCCGUGGAAGGACACGUCACCACCGAGAUCGUCAUGCUCAACCCUGAGAACACCCGCAGCAUCUCCAACAUGACGUCCCAGGAGUUCAUCGAGAAGCUGCAGAAGCGGCUGGGCAAGAACCCUGAGGAGACAGGAGGCUUCCAGGAGGCUCCACUGGCCUACGAUGCCAUCUGGGCCCUGGCCUUGGCCCUCAACAAGACCUCAGCGGAGCUGGUCAAGAAGGGAUUGCGCCUGGAGGACUUCAACUACAACAAUAAGAACAUCACCGAUGAGAUCUACCGGGCCCUCAACUCCUCUGCCUUUGAGGGUGUCUCGGGACACGUUGUCUUCGACGCCAGCGGCUCCCGCAUGGCCUGGACGCUCAUUGAGCAGCUGCAAGGAGGUGUCUACAAGAAGAUCGGCUACUACGACAGCACCAAGGACAACCUGUCCUGGUACAACAACGACAAGUGGAUUGGAGGUGCCCCUCCAGCCGACUACACCAAGGUCAUCACCACCUUCCGAUUCCUGUCCCAGAAGCUCUUCAUCUCCGUCUCGGUGUUGGCCUCGUUGGGCAUCCUCCUGGCCAUCAUCUGUUUGGCCUUCAACAUCUACAAUGGACAUGUCCGGUACAUCCAGAACUCACAGCCGUACCUGAACAACAUGACGGCUGUGGGCUGCACGCUGGCGCUCGCUGCCGUCUUCCCCCUGGGACUCGACGGGUACCACAUCGGGCCGGGGCUUUUCCCGUUCGUCUGUCAGGCCCGGCUGUGGCUCCUUGGGUUGGGGUUCAGCCUGGCCUACGGCAGCAUGUUCACCAAGAUCUGGUGGGUCCACACCGUCUUCACGAAGAAGGAGGAGAAGAAGGAGAAGAGGAAGACCCUGGAGCCGUGGAAGCUGUAUGCCACCGUGGGGCUGCUUGUGGGGCUGGACGUGGUCACGCUGAUCAUCUGGCAAAUCGUGGACCCCCUGCACCGCACCAUUGAGGUGGGGGGCAACGCUUUGGGGUGCGGGGGGUGCUCACCACGUUGGGGGGAUGUUCAAGGCGUUGGGGUGCUGCUGGAGUGAUGCUCACGGUGUUGGGGGAUAUUUUACGGCUUCAAGGGCUUGCUGCUGCUGUUGGGCAUCUUCCUGGCGUAUGAGACCAAGAGCGUGUCCACGGAGAAGAUCAACGACCACCGAGCGGUGGGCAUGGCCAUCUACAACGUGGCGCUCCUCUGCCUCAUCACGGCGCCCGUCACCAUGAUCCUCAGCAGCCAACAGGACGCGGCCUUCGCCUUCGCCUCGUUGGCCGUCGUCUUCUCCUCCUACAUCACCUUGGUCGUCCUCUUCGUCCCUAAGAUGCGACGCCUCAUCACCCGGGGCGAGUGGCAGUCGGAACAGCAGGACACCAUGAAGACGGGCUCGUCCACCAACAACAACGAGGAGGAGAAAUCCCGACUGUUGGAGAAGGAGAACCGGGAGCUGGAGAAAAUCAUCGCCGAGAAGGAGGAACGCGUAUCGGAGCUCCGCCAACAGCUUCAGGACCGCCAGCAGCUGCGGUCUCGCCGACGGUCGUCCAACCCUUCCCGCGAGGCUGACAACCAUUUUUCUCCGGGGUUGAGCGCUGCCCCCACCCCUCCGGCCCCCUUCUACCAACCCAACCUCCCCCUGGUCCGCUGUCUGGUCUCGGAACAAGCCGACAAACUCGGCCGGGGCAACUGCGACGGUAGCCGCGUCCAUCUCCUCUAUAAGUGA